UCCGGGUUAAUCAGCCAAUCUCACCGUGGAGGAUCCAAAACAAGUUCUCGACGUGAAUGGAUGUUUGAAUUCAUAGGCCUAAUCCCAAUGUCCACACUCACGCACUCACUGACUCUGAGGCGCGCUCCCGGUCCGGCCAUCAUCCUCAACGCUACAGUGAUCAUCGUUUCCCUCAUGCACAAGCAGCUGAGGCAGCCACUCAACUACGCUCUGGUGAACAUGGCGGUGGCUGACCUGGGAACCGCCAUGACCGGGGGGGUGCUGUCAGUGGUCAAUAAUGCCCAGGGGUACUUCUCCCUGGGACGGACAGGCUGUGUGAUGGAGGGCUUUGCAGUCUCUUUGUGUGGCAUCACCUCCCUGUGUACUGUGGCUCUGAUCGCUCUGGAGAGGAUGUUUGUUGUGUGUAAGCCACUGGGGCAGAUAACCUUUCAGAAAAAACACGCAGCUGGAGGCAUUGCCCUGUCCUGGCUGUGGUCACUCACAUGGAACUUGCCCCCGUUGUUUGGAUGGGGCAGGUACGAGCUGGAGGGGGUGAGGACGUCCUGUGCGCCUGACUGGCACAGCAGAGACCCUCACAACAUUUCUUACAUUGUGUGUUACUUCGCAGUGUGCUUUGCUGUUCCUUUUGCCAUCAUAUUGGCAUCAUACACCAAGCUUUUGUGGACACUGCACCAGGUGUCAAAGAUGAGGUGUGUGGAGGGCGGCGCUGUGGCUAAAGCAGAGAUGAAAGUGGCGUUCAUGGUGGUUCUGAUGGUCAUCACAUUUCUCAUCAGCUGGUUACCGUAUGCCAGCCUGGCCCUACUGGUGGUCUGUAGCCCUGAUAUAAACAUCCACCCACUGCUGGGUACAGUGCCUGUUUACCUGGCCAAGAGCAGCACAGUGUACAACCCUCUCAUCUACAUCUACCUGAAUAAACAGUUUCGGAAAUACGCCGUGCCUUUCCUGCUAUGUGGGAGAGGGAGCGCUGUGGAGGAUGAGGAAUCAGAGAACGUAACGACUGUGGAGGCGACAAACAAACAGGUCUCUCCUGCCUGAAAUCAAUCAGUCAAUCAACCAAUCUCUAUUUGUUUAGCACCAAUUCAUAACCAAAGUUAUCUCUAGACACACUAAAAAGAAGUAAGGCCAAGACGUUCUCUCUUUUAUAUCAUUUUUAAAGACCAAACACUGAUCCACCAUGG